CCUCUUUUGGACUUUAUGAAAGAUUUACGGACUCAUAUUUCUACUGUGGCUACCAUGACAACAGAGGCAAGUGCAGUGAGCGAGGCGGACACUGAGGGCAAGCAGAAGGCCAGUGGCGCCGAGCCCGAACCUGAACCAGAACCAGAGAACAAACAGAAGCCGGAGGCGGCCACGUCCGAGCCGGAGGGGGAGCAGUCGAGUAAGGAGGCAUUGGAGCAGGCCUCCGAGUCUGGGCCUGCUGACGUAGCUACCUCGCCCGAGGAGGAGCAGCUGAAGCCCCGCACCCGGACCUCCGCUGGCAAGGGCCUGUCUCGCCUCUUCUCCUCUUUCCUCAAGCGCCGUUCACAGUGCUCUGAGGGAGAGGGGUUUGAGGCGGAGAAAGCCAAGGAGGAUAAGGCAGACAGAGAGGACACAUCUGAUGAGGUAAACGAGGAGAAGGAAGAAGAGGUGAAAAGUGAGGAGAACGAGGCUAAAGCAGAGGAGAAAGAAGCAGAGGUGAAAGAAGUGGAAAAGAAGGAAGAAAAAGAACCAAAAGAGGAAAAAGAAAAGGUUGAAAAGAAGGGCAGUAAAAAGAAAAAGAAAGAGGCCAAGAAGAAACAAGAAAAGAAAGAUGGGUUGAAAAGUGAAGAGGAGAAAGUGAAAAGUGAAGAGGAGAAAGUGAAAAGUGACAAAGUAAAAAACGACGAGGAGAAAAAAGAGGAGGCAAAGAAAGAGGAGGAAAAGGAAGAGGAGAAAGCCGAGCCGACUGUAGAAAAGAAAGAGGAAACAUUGGAGACAAAAGAAGCAGAAAAAAAGGAAAGCGCUGAAGUUAAAGACAAGGAGGAAGACGCCGCAAAGAAAGAAAGUAAGGAGGAGGAAAGAGUGGACAAAAAUGUGGUAAAGAAAAAAGAAAAGGAUGAUAAGGUAAAGAAAAAGGAAGAGGAAAAAGCUAAGAGGAAAGCAGAAGAAGAAGAAAGGGUAAAGAAGAGAGAAGAAGAAAAAGAAGAGGAGAAAGCCAGAGAAGAGAAGACUAAAAAGGAGGAGGAGGAGAAACCAAAAGAGGAGGUCAAGGUGAAAGAGGAGGUCAAGGUGAAAGACCAGGAGGAGGAAAAGACAGGAGAGAAGCAAAGAAAAGAGGAGGUCAAGGGGAAGAAAAAGAAAAAAGGAAAGAAGGAGGUGAAAGGGCCGAGUGAGCCGAGUGAGGAGCAGGUCAAAGCUCCCAUCGCAGCUCCAGAGCCCGAGCUAAAAACUGAGCCCGACACUGAACAGGCUCCAGAUCAGCACUCGAUAAGCAGCGCAGAGAACCAGUUAGCUUAG